AUGACGGCGAUGGCCGCCUGCCGUUUUGUACGGCGAAAAAUUUCAUCACCCGCCUGUAGAAGUCGAGUUUUACCACUCAUACAUCGUUGCAUUUAUUUCAAAGAACAAAAUUUACCUUUCGUUCGGCAGUUUUCUUCAGUAGAGGAAGAAAACAAAGCGGCUUCCCAAGACUUGAAGCUGACUGACAACUGUAUAAAGGUUGGAUUGUGUAACAUUUCCUCCAUCUUGCAAUAUUGUUCCUAAUUAAAGGAAAGGCUGACUCAUCUUUUUAUUUUGUUCUUUUCUAAUUUUGAUUAACAGCAACUGAAAAAGAUAUUCCCAGAUGACAAAGACGGAUUUCUUCGUGUAGCAGUAGAGGGAGGUGGUUGUUCAGGACUUAAAUACGCCUUUGACGUUGAUUCUGAUAUCAGCGAAGAUGAUAGGUUUGUGUACCCACGUUUUUUUCUCUUUCCUAUUAGUAUACAUUUCACUGAAAGAUUAAGAGACCAGAUAGAGGUGACAUGCAGCUACAACACAUUGCAAGAACAAGUUGCAAGAACAAUUUGCUUCUCAGGACCAGGAUAGUUUUUGUGAACAUCUUUGUCCCUUGAAAGGGGUUUUCUCCCCGGAAAAAAACAUCACACAAAUUCGACUAAAUUUACGCACAGUGCAGUUUUUUUCGUGUAUUAAUUUCCCUUGCUUAAUAAGUCACUCUCAAUGAACAGACUGCACUAAUUUACAGGGAAUUCGAAGGGAGUAUGUGGUAGCUAGGUUGGAGAAGUAACAUUCAUAUCUUGGGAGUUAAAAAGUUCAUUUUCUAAUGUGCUUUUCUUCUAGAAUAUUUGAAAGAGAUGGUGCAAAGGUUGUCAUUGAUGAAAUUUCACUGGAGUACCUGAAAGGUUCCACAGUGGACUACCAUGAAGAACUUAUACGCUCUGCUUUCAGAAUUUUACUCAACCCUAAUUCAGAAACAGGGUGUUCCUGUGGUGCAUCAUUCACCUUUAAACUUUAACAAAACUAACAAACGGUAUAUACUUAUCAAGUAAACACCACAGUGUACAUUUGAUAUUAAGCAUUUGUGAGGAGGGAUUCCUCUAUUAACUCAUAAUGAUAACAAUUAAUAUAUGUAAAAUCAUUACAAGGUACAUGUAAUUACAAGGUACAUGUAAACAUUAUUUAAAACUGAAGCGUUUCUUGAUUUGCAAUGUCUCACCAUAAUUGUACAGAUUUCAUGAUUAAGGAUAAUGAUUAAGGUCACCAAUUUUUGCCAUCGUCAGUAUUUUGUAUCUCAUAACCCUCAAAAUCUUCUGGCUGGGCAUAGCAUUAUCUAAGGGGGUCAUUUCUUGGUAAUUUUUCCUCAGUCAGCAACAUUCAAUAAUCACAAAGACAACAUUUAUUUGAGAUCAGUGUGUAAUGGAAUAAAUAUUAUUAGCUACAUUUUAUGGCAGAUAAUCUGGUAGCAACCAUAUUAAAAAAAUAACUGAUCCUAAAUGUAAUUGUUAUUGUUAAGGUUAUUUUAAAGAUAAAAAGUGAGAAUUAAAGUCAAAUUUAACUUCGUGACUGAGAUGAGGAAAAACUUAUCAAAAAUAAAAAUAUUAAUUGUUCAAGAAACUUCUCCUCUUUUAAUGGAUUUGCUGAGACCUCAUUUCAUUCCCAGAUCUGAAAAACACUUAAUGAUUAUUGAAAUGAGGGUCAACUUCUAAUAACCAAAGCUUUAACAUGCCCAACUUGUACAUCAUUUAUUGAAAUAAAGUAUAUUUCUCACGAUACUUGUAUUAGUUUACCUUGCUAAGCUGAAUUUCUGUAGUCCCAAACCAAGUAUCUGCAUAGUUACAUAUGAAGAGCUUCUGCCUUGUAAAAAUUUGUAGCAUGCUCUCUCCAGAGGCAUUGUCAUUUUUGUCAUCAAUUUAGAGAAUUACAUAACACUUACAG